AUUGAAUUUUAUAAUUUUAAUUAUAAACAUUUUAUUCUUUUAAAUAAAUAAAUAAAAUCCUAAAUUCUGCGCACUACAUCAACGGAAAUGACGUUUUUGUUUUGGAACUACGUCACAGGAUUCUAGCCAAAAGCGGCAGUGAUGAGAAAUUUGAAAUUUGCGGGCUAGCGGACGAACUGCUAGCGUACUUCUCGUCGUCUGUUAACUCAUUUCCCCCAAAGUCAUGGCGUCGUAUCAUCAUUUAUUAAAACAUACCAAACCUCGGUCUGAAUCUCCUGCCAAGAUAUUUGCGAAGCUGAAAUCCAAAGUACAGAGAGAAGCGAUGUGCGCGAAGGAUCCGCUGUGUAACGUAAGCAAGAGACACGGAGCAGAUUUUAACUCGCCGAGGAAGGGAGCGGAGAGCUUCACGAUAACCACUGAGCUCAAGGAAAAUCAAAGGAUAGGUUCUUAUCGCAAUGAAGUGGAGGCUUUGACCCUCUCGCCCAUAUCGACUCCUCAGAAAACCUUCAAGUACUCAUUUGCAGACAUUAGCAGCAAGCAUGUGGAAGACAUGCCUGUUGAAAUGGGACAUGCUUUUACGUCAAGAAACGGACACACACCAAGAAAGAGAGCAUUCCUGGAGUCAACAGCGGUGUCCCGUCCCCUGUCCCCAGUCAACAGAGAACGGAUCCACCGGACACAACCUCAGAUCAGAGACUUGGGUGAUUUCCAGGUGACCAGCAGGACUCCAGUAAAGACAGCCACAGAAAAUGACCGUGUAAUGGGCGUGUUUGAGGAGGAUCGUGCUCCUCUGGACAAGCUGAUGUCUCCAGCCAAAACGUUUUCCCCCAUGAAGACGAGGGUGAAAAAGAGAAAGUGGGAGCAGCAGGAGCUAAACAAAGUCAGCAGCACUACAAGGGAGGUCAACAAUGAAUGUAUAAGUCAGACACAAGUAAGGAAAACCUCCACUGCUUUCGGUGAGGAUAGUACCCAUGACAAUACGUGCCUUGAGGUUUUGGGUGAUAUUAGAGAGUUCCCUGCUGACCAAUCAGAGAUGAACCAGGUGACUCAUGAACCUGUGUCCCCGCCACCAAGAUCCAUCAUAGAGAAACGUUGCUUUGUUAGGAUGGAAAAAUAUCAGAUGUCUCCAGCCAAGAUGUUUGCAUACAUGAAGGAGAGGGAAAGUAAAAGGGAACAGCAUGGAUAUCUUGAAGUCAGCAGCAGCACAAGGAAACUCUUUGAUGGGGGUAAUUUCCAUCAGUCCAGAGACACAGCUCUCUCCACACCUCACAAUAUGGCUGAAAUGGAGGACGUUGUCUUUAGAAGUGUUUCUGAAAGUGUGGUCCCUUUCAACUGCUCAAGAGUAGAGUCAACGGACACCCGAUCAAAUCACUCUGAGGAUUUCCUGAUCCCUCCUGCCCCUCCCGAACCAGUUUUGCUCGAAGACCCACUUGUGCUCAAUUCCCCACAGAUCUCCAUCCCGAAGAAAAACCAGGCUGUGUUCAAGCGUAAGAAAUGGCCGCAACGCACAAAAUUCCCAAAUGAGAGUGUCAUUCAUCUCAAAAACUGGUUCUUGAGGAAAAAUCAUAAAGGCCUGUUUAUUGAUGGAAUCCACAGCGAGGAUAACAUACCAUGGAACAGUAACAUCAUUGUGGACAGGGUUUCUAAUUCUGUGCUGAAGACUGUUUCUGGCAGGAUUUACAUCUUGGCUGGCAAGAUGAACUUGGGUGUUGAAUCUGGGUUUCCUAAUUGGUUUCUGAAGAAGUUUGUUAAUGGUUUCCCUCCAAACUGGAAGGCGCUUUAUGAGAAGUUUCUGUCAGAGUCAAGAGACAACCCCAGCAGAGAAAUGGAGAGGACCAGUGAGGGGAGAGCCACCAUAACCAAGACAAAAUCUGAGGCAUCCGCCAUCAACUGUGCUGUGAAGCGGCAGAGGCCUUUCAAGACACCCGAUUCCUGUCCUCCUGCUUUCUCCUCUUCUACAAAAGUGUCUCGAAGUGGUCGGGUGAUCAAGCCACCUCUGGAGUAUUGGAAAGGAGGAAGAGUCAUUCUGGAUGCACACAUGAAUGUUACCAUCCAUGAAUGUUAUGAUACCUCCAUAUGCAUCCCUGAGGUCACUACAACAGUGUCUGCGAGGAAGUCACAGAAACCUGCCCGUGUGUUCCUGCCCUGCAGUGAAGGACAAAAGCAAAGUGAAACAGCCAGCGAAGAAGACGCGUCAGUGCCACUGAGGAGGGUGAAGGCUCCACUCCGCAAACACAACCGAGCCAAGGUUAAUCGUGAAGAGAAGCCCUCUAAUCCACCUGAACCUCCUGUGGAGACAACUAGCAGUCCUGAAGAGUGGUCUGGCAGAACAAGAUCCAGUAAAAGGUGUCCAGCUGUGGAAAGAAUGUUGUGUGUGGACACUGUCGCUCAAAAGCAAAAAGAGCCUGGAAAGGCGUCAACACAGAGGUCAAAAAAACAGAGACAUGACACCAAGAGGCCUUCAGAUAGAAGGCGCAGACAGACUGUUAUAGCAUCCCCUGAAUCCCCCGCUGUUAGAUUACAGCAACAGUUAUCAGAUGAGGGGUUUUCCAGUAAGAGAAAGAACAAGGGUAAAGGAGUGUACAGCAAGAGAAGCGAGAAGGUUCUUAACAAGUCACAGCCAAGCUAUGUGUCUCCAUCGAGUCAGUCUUCGGAGUGCUCUGAGGAAAGUGGGAAGAAAAUGAGGACGCAAACCAGGGUACUGAAAAAUAGUGAUGCAGCACAAACUCUAACAAAGUGUAAAAAGAGCAAAUAUACCAAAGUCUCACCACCCACAAAGCCUUUAUCCAAGUCAGCGAAAUCCAGCAAGACACACAAGGCAAACAAAGGCAGCACAAUUAUUCCAGAAGAGCAUGAUGAAGACGAGUGGACCGUGGCAGAGCUCAUGAAGCUGCAAGAGGCUGUGUCCUACUAUCCUAUGCACAUAGCAGGUUACUGGGCAAAGGUGGCAAGGAUGGUAGGAACACGCUCUGCAGAGGAGUGCCACAACCAGCACACAUCCCAGGGAACAUCACAGAGCCCCGCUAAGAGAGCCCAGAAACCCAGAAAGGAGAAGGUGGAAGCACCAAAAGAUCCAGUUACAGAUCAACCUGUGAUAUCUGCCCGAGCGGGAACCUUAAAGAGAAAGCAGCAGGUGCGUCAGUUCCUGGAGGCCAUGCCCAGAGAAGACGUUGAUGACGUUUUCAGCUCUGCGUACAUGCAGAAUAAACGCUUUGAGAUCCCCUCCAUGUGUCUAAGUGAAGAUCAUGACUUCACAAUGUCAGACCUGGAGCCCCUGACCCCCAUGUCGAAGGUUUUUCCUGAGGUGAAGACUCCUCAGUGUCUGCAUAUCACUCCUGGCAUGAUGGGCUCUCCAAACAGGAACCAUGAUGACAAGUAUGUCUAUAAGCUCCAGAAGAGGAUGAGAAAAAAUCAGUUUAAUGUGUGCAAACAGGCUCGUCCUGCAAAGAGCUUUACACCCACACCAUCAGUUAAACGAACAAUGAAGAGAUGUGGUAACACAGAAAAUGACACCUUUGUUGUUUGGGAGAUGUUCCCAGAAAAUGAUGAAGAGUUGUCUGACAGUGGAGAGGAAGAGGAUUUUUACUUCUCAGACAACGAUUGAUUGGAAUUGGAUCUGACAUGUCAUUUCAUUGUAAAAGAAAAAACAAACAAAAAUCUUAAAUGAAUCACAUUAAUUUAAUUCUCAUCAUAUGUGAGCAAUAAAUCAAUUCCAAUUUUUGUCUUUGACAUGUAAGAAAUUCAGGAAUUAAUGUUUCUUCUAAUUUUAAAAAAAAAUAUGGAAAUACAGCAUUUGAUCACAUCAGUGUGAAACAAAUGGUAAUACAAUGUAUAAAAAUGAAACGCAUCUGUCGAGAUGACAUGGCCAUGAUGCUGACUGAACAGACUUGUGAUGCUGUCUUCCCUGAAAAUAUAGUUUUUGUUUAAAGACCCAUGAAUCAGUUGUAACUAUACUUUUAAUAAACUGUUUAAUUCAUAGUUAUAGUUUAUUUGUGUAUAUUACACACUUAGAGAAAAACUAUGUAUCUAUGUAAGUGGCUCUUGACAUUGUUGGUUUGAGACCUCUCAAAAAAAACAGUUGUAGUAAGUGAAUGCCUAAAAACAUAGUAAGGCAUAAAAAAGUCAGUACAAUAUGUCAUGAAAAUUCAUGUAUUAAGGCAUGAAAAUGUCAAAUUAUGGCAGAAUUAAAAAGUAAAUAUAUUAAUAGUAUAAAUAGUAAAAUAAUAAAUUAAUUCAUAAAAAUAUAAUAAGGCUGCACGGUGGUGCAGUUGUUAGCGCUGUCGCCUCACAGCAAUAAGGUUCCAGGUUCGAGUCCCGGCUCGGCCGUGGGAUCUUUCUGUGUGGAGUUUGCGUCAUAGUAUAUUAAGUCAUGAAUUGUAGUAUAGUAAAGCAUAAAAUGUAAAAAAAAAAACGACAUAGUAUAGUAAGGCAUACAAGGCCAAAAAAACCAACUUAGGAUAUUAAGGCAUAAAAAUUAAAAAAAAAAAAAACAGCAUAGUAAGGCAUGAAAACGACGUAGUAUAGUAAGGCCCAAAAAGUCAUAGUAUAGUAAGGCAUAAAAAGUCAUAGUAUAGUAAGGCAUAAAAAGCGAAAAAAACGUCAUAGUAUAGUUAGGCAUAAAAAGUAAAAAAAACAACAUAGUAUAGAAAGUCAAAAAAAGGUCAUGGUAUAGUAAGGCAUAAAAACGACAUAGUAUAGUAAGGCCCAAAAAGUCAUAGUAUAGUAAGGCAUGAAAAGUAAAAAAAAAGUCAUAGUAUAGUAAGGCCCAAAAAGUCAUAGUAUAGUAAGGCAUAAAAAGUCACAAAAAAGUCAUAGUAUAGUAAGGCAUAAAAAGCCAAAAAACAACAUAGUAUAGUAAGGCAUAAAAUGUCACAAAAAAGUAAUGGAAUAGUAAGGCAUAAAAAGUCAAAAAAACGACAGAAUAGUAAGGCAUAAAAAGUCAAAAAAACAACAUAGUAUAGUAAGGCAUAAAAAGUCAAAAAAACGACAUAGUAUAGUAAGGCACAAAAAGUCAGUAAAACGACAUAGUAUAAUAACGCAUAAAAACGACAUAGUAUAGUAAGGCCCAAAAAGUCAUAGUAUAGUAAGGCAUAAAAAGUCACAAAAAAGUCAUAAUAUAGUAAGGCAUAAAAAGCGAAAAAAAACGUCAUAGUAUAGUAAGGCAUAAAAAGUCAAAAAAACAACAUAGUAUAGUAAGGCCCAAAAAGUCAUAGUAUAGUAAGGCAUAAAAAGUCACAAAAAAGUCAUAGUAUAGUAAGGCAUGAAAAGUCAAAAAAACGACAUAUUAUAGUAAGGCACAAAAACGCCAUAGUAUAGUAAGGCAUAAAAAGUCACAAAAUCGUCAUAGUAUAGUAGGCAUAAAAAGUCAAAAAAAGGUCAUAGUAUAGUAAGGCAUAAAAACGACAUAGUAUAGUAAGGCCAAAAAAGUCAUACUAUAGUAAGGCAUAAAAAGUAAAAAAAAAGUCAUAGUAUAGUAAGGCCCAAAAAGUCAUAGUAUAGUAAGGCAUAAAAAGUCAAAAAAACGCCAUAGUAUAGUAAGGCAUAAAAGUCAAAAAAACGACAUAGUAUAGUAAGGCAUAAAAAGUCAAAAAAACGACAUAGUAUAGUAAGGUAUAAAAACGACAUAGUAUAGUAAGGCCCAAAAAGUCAUAGUAUAGUAAAGCAUUAAAAGUAAAAAAAAGGUCAUAGUAUAGUAAGGCACAAAAAGUAAAUAAAACGACAUAGUAUAAUAACGCAUAAAAACGACAUAGUAUAGUAAGGCCCAAAAAGUCAUAGUAUAGUAAGGCAUAAAAAGUCACAAAAAAGUCAUAGUAUAGUAAGGCAUAAAAAGCGAAAAAAACGUCAUAGUAUAGUUAGGCAUAAAAAGUAAAAAAAACAACAUAGUAUAGUAAGGCCCAAAAAGUCAUAGUAUAGUAAGGCAUAAAAAGUCACAAAAAAGUCAUAGUAUAGUAAGGCAUGAAAAGUCAAAAAAACGACAUAUUAUAGUAAGGCACAAAAACGCCAUAGUAUAGUAAGGCAUAAAAAGUCACAAAAUCGUCAUAGUAUAGUAGGCAUAAAAAGUCAAAAAAAGGUCAUAGUAUAGUAAGGCAUAAAAACAACAUAGUAUAGUAAGGCCCAAAAAGUCAUAGUAUAGUAAGGCAUAAAAAGUAAAAAAAAAGUCAUAGUAUAGUAAGGCCCAAAAAGUCAUAGUAUAGUAAGGCAUAAAAAGUCACAAAAAAGUCAUAGUAUAGUAAGGCCCAAAAAGUCAUAGUAUAGUAAGGCAUAAAAAGUAACAAAAAAGUAAUGGAAUAGUAAGGCAUAAAAAGUCAAAAAAACAACAUAGUAUAGUAAGGCAUAAAAAGCCAAAAAAACAACAUAGUAUAGUAAGGCAUAAAAAGUCACAAAAAACGACAUAGUAUAAUAAGGCAUAAAAACGACAUAGUAUAGUAAGGCCCAAAAAGUCAUAGUAUAGUAAGGCAUAAAAAGUCACAAAAAAGUCAUAGUAUAGUAAGGCAUAAAAAGUAAAAAAAAAGUCAUAGUAUAGUAAGGCCCAAAAAGUCAUAGUAUAGUAAAACAUAAAAAGUCAGAAAAAAGUCAUAGUAUAGUAAGGCCCAAAAAGUCAUAGUAUAGUAAGGCCCAAAAAGUCAUAGUAUAGUAAGGCAUAAAAAGUAAAAAAAACCGACAUAGUAUGGUAAGGCAUAAAAGUAAAAAAAACGACAUAGUAUAGUAAGGCAUAAAAAGUCAAAAAAACGACAUAGUAUAGUAAGGCAUAAAAACGACAUAGUAUAGUAAGGCCCAAAAAGUCAUAGUAUAGUAAGGCAUAAAAAGUAAAAAAAACAACAACAUAGUAUAGUAAGGCCCAAAAAGUCAUAGUAUAUUAAGGCAUAAAAAGUCAAAAAAAAGACAUAGUAGAGUAAGGCACAAAAACGCCAUAGUAUAGUAAGUCAUAAAAAAGUCACAAAAACGUCAUAGUAUAGUAGGCAUAAAAAGUCAAAAAAAGGUCAUAGUAUAGUAAGGCAUAAAAGCGACAUAGUAUAGUAAGGCCCAAAAAGUCAUAGUAUAGGAAGGCAUAAAAAGUAAAAAAAAGUCAUAGUAUAGUAAGGCCCAAAAAGUCAUAGUAUAGUAAGGCCCAAAAAGUCA